AUACUGAUGAGUGCCAGACACAGGGAAAAAGAACCCUUCACAGCUAAGACCAAUGCUCCUUUCUGUUGUAUAUUUGUAAAUUCAAGUCUUGUAAUUGCAAGACUUGCUUUUUGGGCGGUAUACAGAUGUGUUAAAAAUAAAUAAAUAAAGCAAAUAUUACAAAGACCCUCUUUAAAGCUUCCAGUACAAUUUCAGGCAAAGAAAACGAAACCUUGUUGAUCUGUUCCUGGAACUUCUCAUUGCUCAGGCGUGGAUAAGAACAGUUAAUCAUGGCCCAGGGAUCCAGUGACAUGGAAACAGCUGAUCAAGAGGAGAGCUCCCCAAACAUGAUUGUUUACCGAAAGAUUGAAGAUGUAAUUACAAGAAUGCAGGAUGACAAAACAGGUGGAGUACCCAUUAGGACAGUCAAGAGCUUUCUGUCAAAAAUUCCUAGUGUCGUCACAGGGGCUGACAUCGUGCAGUGGCUAAUGAAGAAUCUCAGUGUGGAGGAUCCAGCUGAAGCAAUACACAUGGGGAGUCUCGUCGCGGCACAGGGGUAUAUUUUUCCAAUCUCAGAUCAUGUACUUACUUUGAAGGAUGAUGGGACUUUCUAUCGUUUUCAAGCUCCAUAUUUUUGGCCUUCAAAUUGCUGGGAACCAGAAAACACAGACUAUGCCAUCUAUCUGUGCAAGAGGACCAUGCAGAACAAAGCUAGACUGGAGCUGGCAGAUUAUGAAGCCGAGAACUUAGCAAGACUACAGAGAGCUUUUGCAAGAAAGUGGGAAUUCAUCUUUAUGCAAGCAGAAGCACAAGUGAAAAUAGACAGAAAGAAAGAUAAAACAGAGAGAAAAAUUUUGGACAGUCAAGAAAGAGCCUUCUGGGACGUCCAUAGGCCAGUGCCGGGCUGUGUGAACACAACAGAGAUGGACAUCAGAAAGUGUCGCCGAAUGAAAAAUCCACAGAGGGUCAAAAAGUCAGUAUAUGGGGUUGCAGAAGAUUGCCAGUCACAAAGCCCUGUACAUAUGCCCUCCCAACCAGUUCGAAAAACAACAAAAGAAGAUGUCCGAAAACAAAUAACAUUUCUGAAUGUGCAAAUAGACAGACACUGUUUAAAAAUGUCUAAAGUAGCAGAAAGUUUAAUUACUUACUCAGAUCAGUACAUUGACUAUGAUCCUUUUAUAACCCCUGCUGAACCUUCCAAUCCCUGGAUAAAUGAUGACGCUGUGUUUUGGGACUUAGAAAUCAGCAAAGAGCCUAGUCAGCACCGUGUCAAAAGAUGGGGCUUCUCUAUAGAUGAGGUGUUGAAAGAUCCAGUGGGGCGUGACCAGUUUCUUCGGUUUUUGGAGUCAGAAUUCAGUUCUGAAAACCUCAGGUUUUGGUUGGCUGUCCAAGAUCUCAAAAAGCAACCGUUGCAGGAUGUCGCUACCAGAGUGGAAGAGAUCUGGCAAGAGUUCCUAGCUCCUGGGGCCCAGAGUGCCAUCAACCUGGACUCUCACAGCUAUGAAAUAACAAGCCAAAAUGUUAAAGACCCAGGGAGGUACACAUAUGAAGAUGCACAGGAACAUAUUUACAAGUUGAUGAAGAGUGACAGCUAUGCACGUUUUCUCCGUUCUAAUGCUUAUCAAGACUUGUUGUUGGCAAAGAAGAAGCCCGAGAAUGAGCAAGGUCGUAGAACUUCUCUAGAAAAGUUCACUCGCAAUGUGGGAAAGUCACUGGCAGGCAAGCGCCUCACAGGCUUGAUGCAAUCCUCUUGACAGCAUCGUCUCGGCAAGCAGUUGCUGACAUCUCCAAAGGACAGCUGCGCUCAGCCUCCUCUGCAAAGGAAAUAUCAUCUGGGGGUGAAUGGGUCAGUGUGUGUGUGCACGGAGGAGCGUGUGUGUGGGAGAGAGAAAGAGAAAAGAAAGAGCGUGCAAAUGAAGUAGAAAGCACUAAAGGAAGUCAAGGAAGGAAAAGGAAGUCAAGAUGAAGGGUCUGGCCUUCGGGAGGUUCCUCUUUUCAUAGUUUACAUCCACACUUUUCUUACUUGUACAGCUUUGUAAUGGCACUGAGUUCUGUAAAAAUAUUACUCUGUUUCUAAUUUAAUUUUAGAGGAGCACAAUUUGCUGUAUACAGGGUGCCAACUCAGGCAGAGAGAAAGCGUACUGUGGAUGCUAUUUGAUGUAGGGGUCCUAAGAGAAAUCUAGGUUAAAAAAAACCCAGCUGGUUCAGAUCAGUAUUCAUAAUGUGGGUGCUUUCUCACACUCCUAGCUGCUGCUGCUGCAUGUAUACAGACAUAAAUGUCCAUCUCCCACUUAUCUAAGUAGCACUUACAUUUAUUCUGCCUAGAUGUGGUUAAUGGCCUUCACCGACUUGAGAAACAUCUUGGAAUUGGUACCCUUUCCAAUAUUUACAGUGACUUCUUGUUGAAUAGAAUAGCAUGUAAUAAAAGUGUUAUUCUGAUUUGAAUAUUACCUUAAUAUAGGGGUUCCCAGCCAAAUACAGGGGACCCAAGGCUGGGAACCAUUUCUUUGGCACAUAUUAAGGUAAGCAAAGACAGAUGGGCAAUAGGUAUGAGCACCCCAAAUUAUUGGUCUGGCGCCAAUACAAUAAUCACUGGAAGUUGCUUAUGGUUAAAAAAAAAAGUAUUCCAUGAUAUGAUUGGCAUAUUUUCCUUCACUCUUGAAACAUUGUUUAAAAAGUGAUUUUAGCUCUCCACUGGUAGGUAUUGACAGUAGAGGAUAUUUGUCCAAAUGGGACUCUGAAUCCUCAGCUGAAACGAGCUACUGUCUGCUAGCUAGGAAUCUGGUCCAUGGAGCCAGACUAAGAAAUCCAUGUAAGCGCUCUGCUUUGCUUUUACAUAUGUGGCAAUGUUGGCCCUUUUGGUUACCAAGCAGUGUUACUGAAAUGUUAUGCCACACCCCAGCACAAAUUGUGACCAACCAAGCCAAACACAGUCUACCAGCAUGUGUUAUAGGCCAACAAGUGCAUGGCAACCUCAUUGCUUUUUGCAAACCUAGGCACACAGCAAGUAUAGGAGGUAAACCAAGACCCUUGCUGGCACCAUGCUGGGCUGGUGAGCUGCAUUUAGCUUGGUGGGUCACAAGUGUAGGCCUGUUUUAUGCACAAACAAUAUGUACAAAAUAACUUAUUUGAAAAGGUGGCAUUUUACGGGAGUGGGGGUUAGUUUGUUAUGUGGUUGCACUUUUUGCAUAUUUAUUCCCAUAGUGUUAAAAUUAUGAUUUGGUCAAAUUAGAUUAAGCCAAAUCAAUUGAAACCUGUCCCACUGCUUUUAACACAGAAGGCCAGAACCCGCUGCCAUGUGCACUGGUGAAUCUCAAUGGGAUUAUCUGAUAUUUAAUUGUCCUAUCAAGCCUCUGCUGAUGGAGGAAAGAAAGUAUCUAUCAAUAAAGAGUCAGUUUAAAGUAGUUUGGAAACAAAUGAUGUCUUGCGAAAUGUAAUUAUAUUCCAGAACUUCUUUCACAAUAUGGCAAUAAAUGAGGACCCGUUGAAACAAGGUGUGACGGCUCAGCUCGGAUGGAAAUUAUGCCCCAGCUAAUUUCUUUAAGUGGUUCUCAGUAGUAAAAUCUGAGGAAAUGGUAUGUAGCUCAAGGGAACUAGGAGAGGAGGAAAGUAGAUGUAGUAACAGUAAAACCUGCAGAAAAUAGUGACCCAUAUUCCAAUAGCAUACAUAUAAACUAAAUCAAGUUUAAUCAUUCUAAACUUGAGUUGGAUCUACUUAGUGCCAAUGUUGUUUGGAACGCAGAUAUUCAUAAGAAUUUUAGUUCUCUUCUGCUCCGUUAUGGGUUUCUGCUUUAUGCAGUAGAUGCAAAGGUCUCUAGUUCUGUAUUCUUAUUUAGGAAGGAAAGGCCUCUCCUGUCCAAUAGCCACACAGCCCUGUUUUACUACUUUAUGCCCUGUAUGUAAGGGCUCUGUUUAUCAAACUGCUCUUCCUAAGAGUUUUGAGGGGGAGUUAUUAUCUAUAAAGAGCCAUCAAUGUGCAUUGCACAUUCUCAAGUAGCAACAAAAAGGCAGGGACUUUUACACAUAGCAGGCUUUACUGUGAGUUUACUGGGAGGCUUUACUGCGAACAUGAAGUUGUCUCAAUAGUGGAUUUUUUUUUACCCUGGAUAUAAAUUGGGCUACACUCUAACAUGCAGUGAAAAACUCAAAUUGUGUGUGAACUGGUCCCCAAUAACUUGCAGGGACUUCAGGGUAAAUCUGGCCGAUAUGUGAACGCACACCCUCCAUUCCAGAGGAGAUGUGAGUUAAAGGGCUUUUUUAAAAGCCCCGUGUGAAAAACUGCCAGGUCCUUGCCUUGAGGACCAUACAAUCUAAAAUUCUACACGAGGGAUGCAAUAAAGGGAGGUAGGAAAGGUGGUGGCAAAGUAGCAGUCUGUUCAGUUACAUGAAUUCAGUAGGGAAUGAGGGCUAGGGGGCUGUGUCAAAAGCUUCAUGGCAAAGGUGAGUACUGAAGAGAGGUUUGAAGGAAGACAGGGAAAUGGCAUCAUGUAGUAGAGCGUAUACUUACUCACCUUUGGACACACAAACCAUUUGCUAAAUUUAUGGAGUGGGUUGACUCUUUUAUUUAUAGUUGUAUAGGUUUCUGUUGUAUAGGUUUAAAAAUUUCUGUUGUAUAGGCUUAAAAAAUGCAAACCAGAAAAUAUAAGCUUGCAAUCCCCCCACUCCCCACCUCGUUGCUUACUCCUUGAAAGUGAAACUUUCUAGGCUAGUUAAUACACACACAAGGUGCAUUCAAAACAGUCAAAAAUGCAUAUUUUUCUAUUUAUUUAUCCUAUCCCAGUUCCACAAGUUUAGUUUGUUGAAAAGUACUCACCGGCCAACCCUCUUCUAUAAAGUGAUAUUAUUUCUGUCUCCCUUGCCAAGUUUGGAUUUGCUGUGUUAAUUUGGUUCUUUUUAAUUCAACGCGUCCUUUGCACAAACAGGAGUCAUAUGAUUCCCAGUACUGAUCCAAUCACUACAUAAGUAUAAGUUCAGCUGUCCUCGUGCUCUUAAGGAAUAGGUUUGUGUCUUCCUUCUCUCCAUCCAUAAGACUACUCUUCUAGACCCAACGUCUUCCUCCUUGUACCAUCUAUAAGAGCUUAGAGCAGGUGCAUUAGAAAUAUUUUGGUUAUUGUACAUCUGCACAUAAUGUUUUCAUAUGCUGAUUGAGCAUAUUUAGACACAUCACACCCAUCUAUAUCAAGCAUGAAUUCUAGGUAUAUGACUGUGCAAAUAACGGGAACAGUAUGGGUGGCAUAGCCUAUACAAAGGAGGUUUAGUAAAACUCCAUGGGGUAGAGAGCCGUCUUGUGGUAGUGAACAUGAAUUGUCCCCUUUGCUAAGCAUUGAUUUGCAUUGGAAUGGGUGGCAUGUUAGCAAUGCCUGCUGUGAGAUAUUCCCCUUAGGGGAUGGGGCUGCAGCUCAGUGGUAGAGCAUCUGCUUGCAUGCAGAAUGUCCCAGGUUCAAUCCCUGGUAACUCCAGGAAGGGGUUUGGAGAGCUGCUGCUAGUCAGUGCAGACAAUACUAAGCUAGAUGGACCAAUGGUUUGACUUGGUAUAAAACAGCUUCCUAGGUAAAGUACUCUCAGUCCAAGAGAGCACUACCAGCCCUCUAAUCCUGCUCAACUGAAAACAAGCUGUCAAAAUAUUGCCUUUCCAUUAGAAUCUUUUCAGUCAUUCAUUUUCAACCCGAAUUCACGUUUAAUAAAAGCUCAGUAAUAUGGAUGGCUUGGUGAUGCUACCCACUGUGUAGUACUAGAUUGGGGCAGAGGUGCUUCAGAUGGAAGGCAAAUUAUGGUGAGCCAAAUGAAAAAGUAUAUAUGCAUCACUAAAAAGUCCACCAUUUUUAUUAAGAUUAUCAUUUUACCAAAAGAUAUGCAUCUCUCUUCACAUCUUAAUGAGUUGUGCUAAACUGGGUUUGUUUCCAUCCAUCAAUGGGGACAGUGUCAACACAAGGACAAGCAGCAUUUAGAAUAAGCAGAAGACAAUAUUUAUUUGUGGCCAGAAAAUGACCCUUUCUUAUCUGCCUAUGUUGGUGGAAUUCUUGCUUAAUAUUUGCGAGGUUGCUCUGGUCACCUUCUGUGCAUAAUAUAUUGCCACUGAGUAUGUAUUACAUUAUGAAAUAGCAUUAUAUUUCCUGGAAUAAGCCACGAUUAAAGAAACCUAUACAUUAUACUGACCUCUGAGGUAAUUAUCAUGAUUUUGGUGCAAGAUCACCUUGAGCCUCACACAAUAUAUGGUCAUUUGUGGUUGCAAUAUAUGUGUUUCUGCAGUGGCCAGUAUUGCUGAUUUUAUAUUAGGAUUAAGUAAUUUCAUAGAGCCAUGGCUGAAUGAAGAGAUAUGGCAUCCCAUAUUAUCUUUAUGACUCAACUGAAUAUUUUUCAGUUUCUCUUUUCAUAUAAAAAGUUGCCCAAGUUUCUAUUUUUGUGGCGGACCCCAUGGCUUCCAAGGCUGGCUGUAAGUUACUGUUCUUAGUACAAGGAAAUAGCCCAGGAUUUAGGGAGCAGAGGGGCUGAUUCACAUAUUACUGCAGCAGUAGAGGAGCUGCUGUCCUGUUGGGCAAUCCAGUUCUGCUCCAGUAGUGACUAAAUUAGAACACAACAUGAUGGGGGGGGUGGCAAUGGCAUGGCUGCUUCUCAGAGCUUUCCUAGAACAAGGCAGUGUUCAGAUGAAAAGGAAGCAGAUGACUGGCUGUGCCAUUUAGGUAGCUGAAGUUCCUCCAUCUAAAUUUUACCAAGGUAUCAUGGGAUCACACCACAGGAUAGCAGCUCCUCUGACACUGCAGUAGGGUAUGAAUUCGUCCUGAGUCCAGAAAGAUUCGAGUCAAAGGAAGACACCAUAAAGCUCUAGCAGCACAUACACAUAGUUGACAUUCAGCAGGGGAAGUGUAACAGUCUUCUCAAUUAUAGCACCCAGACAAUCCAGAACCCCACCACCUCCCACCAUUUUGGUUGUUGUGCAUAAGCUGGUUGCCCUACUGCCCCUUCUCUCACUGGUUUGGUUUUUGUUGUUUGGUGCAGUGGGGUUUUGCACAAAAUUAUCUAGCCCUUCUCCCAGUGGCACUUGCACAAUAUUUAAGGAAAGGCAAGAGCCAACUUGUUUGAGCCGACAGCCUCCUGAUCCUGCGGCACAGGAGAAAGUGGCUGCUGUUGCCAGAGAGCCGUUUGGGCCUUCAGCAGGCACGGAAAUGUGCAGAGGAUUUACCCUUUGGCUACUUCAGGCAGCAGAGCCGCAGGCCAGCUGGAAUUCACCAAAGCACAGCUGCACCUCCCACCAAAAGCAACUGGGCAGCAUGCCCGCUGCUUUCAGACUGCAGGGAGCACCACCGAGUGUGUUCAGCAAUAGCACAACGCAAACAGCAGAGCAUCUGUGCUCUCCACCUACCUUCUGGAGGUAAUUUAGCUCUUAUCUACCCGUGAUUUUUCGUAUCCUGUUGAUGAUAGACAAAAGCAUAAAUUACAAGCAAAACAGAUUACCUAACGCAAGGCGUUCUGUGCUGCUGUGCAGUGAUUCUUCAAACGGCUAAAAAUGUAGGUAUUCACAUGUAUCCCCUUUGUCCUUUGCAAGCCCAGGCAGGAUCUCAUUAUCAUGCCUCACUCCUUGAUUCCAAGUACAGCCCUCUGGUCCUGCUGUCAGCUAAAAAGGCUGUUCUCUUUCUUUAAAUAAUCCAGAAAGGAGAAAAUUAGUGACAUCCUUUAGAUAACUUGAAAUGGUUCCAGCAGUCUGGGUCAGUAAUGUUGCAGUUACCAAUGUCCUUGCAACAUUGGCAACCCAAGGUUUAAAGAUGCUCUGCACUCCUUGUAAAAAAAUACAUGACAACCCAGCCUCAUCAACGUUGCUGUGCUCCAGUGCUAUUUUAAUUCACCCAUCCCUCUUCACAUGGCUAUCUCCUUCCCUCUGCAGUAUGCACUUGCCUUGUGGCAGCUAAUUUAAAGAGGUACAUGCAGGGUAUAGGGUCGAUAGUAACCUACUUGUUGGUGUUUGUGUAACUUGCAGUAGAUCACCCAGGGUUUCUGACCCCAAUGGUUUAAUAAUAGCAACAACGCCGCCACCCCCAAUUAAACCACUGAAAUGAAGAGAGCAGGGGCGUAACUAUAAUAGGGCAAGGGGAAACAGUUGUCUGGGGGCCCACUGCCUUGCUCCCUCUGAGGCAAGCCACAUGACUGACUCCCCCAGCCACGCACCCACCUGGGAGUGGCUUCAGUUGUAUUCAUCCUCCAAAAUUGAUAUGAGUGUUAAGAUGUGGAGCUACCAGAAGAGAUUUCUUUACUUCAUGAGCUGAGCUUCAGUGGGGGAAGGGGGGGCGGCAUUUUAAAAUCUUGUCUCUGGGCCCACUCCAACCUUGCUAUGCCCCUGGAAGAGAGGGGGGAAAUGAGUGGAUUUAUGUGUGAAAGGACUGUGAACUCAGUUCUGGCUCUAAAAAUAAAUUCCUGAGCUGUGUGUGUGCUCAGACUCAGAGGCAUCCUGUUUCUUAAUUCUGAGAAUUUGUGCUCCCCCCCCUUGAGACAUCAUUUGUACUUCGCUCCAGUUGGUGGACCUUCAGAUUCUAGUGAAAGUAGAUCCCACAAGUUUUUUACUUCAGGAGAUGAGCAGAUUUAGAUACUUGCAGAAAUCUCAACAUUGCCUUUUGUGAUGUGGCUAUUUUAGUGUCAAACAUCUCAUUUAGGAACUGGGAUGUGCUAUGACUGCACAUCAGAUUGCCAGAGUACACAAGGGCGUGGGCCUACUGCAGACAGUGAUUUCUGCCAGCACACAGAUGACAGAGACCACCCUGUGGGCACAGGAGUAUCCUAAAGGAUAUGGUGAUGUGCCUGCCUUUCCCAGGUACAUUUAUGAAUACAAAUAUGACAAAUAUUAAUAUUUGUUGCAUUUGUCAUAUAUGUAGUCGUACAUUUAUGUGCUCCUAGCUCUGCCUACACUUCUGAAUGAGAUGUGUGGGGAGGACUGAUGUGUGCCCGAGGACUAACAAAUACAGUCCACUUCCAUCUCUGCCAUUGAUCAGUGGGCUCCACCUGCAGUGUCCUGGUUCAGCUGUGACUCAAUCCACGGUUUGGGUCACUCUGUGUCACACUCCCGAGGGCUGGAGUUCUGUUAUGACAUCUGACCCACCCAGGCCUUGUGGUGUGGCUCUGGAACUUAAUGAGUAGAAAACUUUCCACUAUACUUGUUGAAUUGUGACAGUCAAGAAUUAUGUGGUCCUUGUCCCUGCAUCACAAGGCAUCACCAUAACAUUUCCUAAAGUUUCAUCUCCCAGUAUCUUCUCCUCCCUAGUCCUUCACAAAAAUUGAGUGCUGGAGAUAUGGGCUCCCUCCCACGGGCCUUUUCAAUCUUAAGCUACAAGGCACAAAAUCACAUCCCCAAAGCACUCCUAACAUGCCUGGGGCAACCUUUUAUUGAAAAUGUUCAUGAAUGGAGAUUCCACAAUCUCACUGGGCAGUUUGUUCUGGGCAGCUUGUUCUCUCACUGGGAGACAUCUCAAGGAACCAGUAUAGAUGCACAGAGAACUCUCUGAGAAGCAAAAUGGACACACAUAGGAAAUGGGCAUAACCAAGGAAGAGUACAAAAGAGUAGUCUGAAACUGUGCGGUUGGUGUCAGGAAAGCUAAGGCUCAGAAUGAGCAGAGGCUUGCAAGGGACCCCCCCCCCAAAGGGGGGGUUUUAGGGAUACAUCUGGAAUGAGAGGAAGGUCAGAAAAAGUAGCAGGCUUGUUUCUUGGAGAAGACAUUGAAAUGGUAACAGGUGACAGAGGGAAGGCAGAGUUGCUUAAUACCUAUUUUGCAUUUAUCUCCUUCCACAAGGUAAAUGGGGCCCAGCUGGUCAACAGAUGGGAAGUGCACUUCAAGAGACAGUGAGGCUAUUCACACGAUGGGGCGAAAUCGUGUAAACCAUCGUGUAAACCACACUGCGAGCCCGGUGGUUCCUAGGCGGGUAACCUGCUUAACUACCCCUGCAAACCUGGUUUUAAAGCACAGUUACUCACAAGUAGAGCCCCGGAGGGGAGGUAAAAAGCCGCUUCUUGGCUCCGGGGGUCUCCACAGUAUGCCCUGUGCUCUUGUUCAGGGCAUCCUGGAGCUUCCAGGGGCCGCGCCCCCCCUCCUGAGCUCCCCAGCCCCUGCCGGCUCCAUCAUGGAGCCGGCAAUCGUGUGAGUGGCCAAUCUGGCCACCCAGGGCUCCCUCCCUGCUCGUGUGCAGGGAGAGCAGGCUUAGCCUGCUCUCCCCACGCACUCUCCAAAACCGGGUCUCACUGAUUGUGAGGCUCGGCUCAGUGAGAGGACACCUAACGACCUUAAAUGAGUUUAAGUCUCCUGCCCUAUUGAGUUUCAGUCUUACAUCCGUGGGUGCUGAAGGAGCUUGCAGGUGUGAUCUCAGAAACAUGGUCUGUAAUCUUUGAGAGCUCCUGGAGAACAGGGGAAGUGCUGGAAGAUGAGCAAGUGUGGUCCCUAUCUUCAAAAAUGGGGAAAUGGAGAAGCAAAGGAGCAACACACCAGUCAGCUUACAAGGAAGCAGAUUUAGGCUAGACGUUAGGGAGCACUUAACUGUAUGAGCUGUUCAAUAGUGGAACAGUGGGUUGGACUAAAAGGCAUCAAAAAGUCCCUUCUAGCACUAUUAUUCUAUGCUCCUGUAGGCAGGAUGCUUCCCACUAAUGUUGGACAUAAAUAUGUAGGCCUCUAAACUGAAAUUAAUAGUUUUCUCAUAUUAUAGACCGUGUUUUUCCCAUAUAACUAUUCCUCCUUCUUUUUGACAUCCAUUCAAAUAUUUACAAACCCACGAGCCUUUCAUCUCUUCUAGAAGCUGUAGACUGAACAUGGCCCAUUGCUUUUCUCAACCAUCUUGUCUCAUCAUUCCUCUGCUGUCCUGGUAGUCGUUUCAGUUAACAUCCUCUCUUCUAAUAAGGCUGGCUUCUGGAUUUAAAAAAAGUCUUUAAUCAACUGUGACAUCGUCUUAAUAAUAAAUGGACUGGCUUUUAGUUUAUUAAUUGUUUUAUUAAUGCUGGGGUCCCCAAAUGAACUUCGGCCCUUGUGGCCGGAGAUGAUGGGAGUUGUGCUCUAAUAACAUCUGGGGACCCAAGGGUGGAAACCAUGAAGCCUGCAAUCUUGCCAUGGCAACCCACUGUGCACAUAUACUCAUCUACAUGGUAGAAAUGUAGCACAACAUGCAGAGGAGGGGAAAGCCCCCCCCCAAAAAAAACCCCACUCAAAGCCUUGUAUGGUAUUGCCUAUAAAUGAAUAUGCAUGAUUUCUAGCUAGUUUUUAUUCCACUGAGGAAUAGAAGAUACAGUAUCAAAUUUUGAUAACUUGGUUUGCUUUUGAAACAAUGAGUGAAGUAAUUCUAGAAGAAAUGGAAAGGUGCUUAGGGGAUAACAUUGUUGCUUGGGGGAUAAUUCUCUGUGUUCCAGUCACAGCUUAGAUGCAUUUGAUUUUUUUUAAUUGUGAUUGGAGACCUAACAAAACAACAACCUAUCACUUCUCAACCAGCAUUAUUAAGCACCCUGUGUCAGCUGUGUACCUCACGUAUCAUAGAGUCAUCAAAAUAGCUCUAUCUCCCUGGCACUGUCAUUUAUGGUUUCACCUCAAACCAUCACCUCCAAUCCCAUUGCUUAUUCUCUGACCUCACUCUUGAGACCUCCUUCUAAGCCUUCAAUCUCUCUUUCUGUUCUGCCACUCUUGCUGUCCAUUGCCUGAUUUCCUCUGGAAUCUGCACCGUUUUCAACACAGAGCGGUUUGCAAUCCUUUGGCCAGGCCACUGCUUAUGAGAAAGAGGAAAGCCUUUAUAUGUGAAUUAUAAGAUCCUUGAGCAAAUUUUGCUAAAUUAAACUAAGCAGUGCUAGUAUUGUAUUUCGUAAUGGGCUUUGGAAUGACAUCUUGUAAAUGCUGAUCACUUUAACCUUUUCGUUGGGAAGAGACAACUCAUGCUGUAUAGGUAUGUAGAUUGCCCCAAAUAUUUUAUUUCCUCUCAUCUUUCAUGGUGUAUACGCAAACAUGUAGAUAAAUGGCAGGGGCAAGAGACUAGCUGAGGUGGUGGUGGAUACAACUUUUAUCUGGAGAUCUCAGAGGUCUUGCCUUCUCUGCUUUCUGCCAGUAUGGGGGAAGAAAUAUGUUGGGUAGAAUUCAUUCUUUGCACAUUCAGCAGAUAUACAGAAUGUCCAAAGCCCUGUUCAGAGAUUAUGUGGUAUGUGCAUACAGGAAUCUGUACACAUGUACAUAUUUGUGUUUGGAUGACUGUUCAUGCAUUCAUUUAAAAAGUGAACCUGGGUAUAGAUCCAUUAAAUGCUGGGUACAGAUAGAAAGUCUACUACUGAACAGGCAUGGAACAUAAUGUGUGACUAACUAUAUGCAUUCAGAUCUGUGUGUGCAAACACUGGACCCAGAGUGUAUGUGCAUCAAACUGUUUGAACAUAACAUAGUUAUGAUCCAUAAAAAUUUGUAUUCUGAGAGGCCAAGUCAGUUGUAUGAAUUUACAUCUUCCUUGCCUUUGUAGUGCUACAGUUACAUCAGAUUAAUCAAAUGAGGUUGGCAAAGGUGCUUUUUGCAUUGACAUUCCUCAGAUCUGGGAGCCACCUUUUAAACUCUUUCUCACUCAGUUAGGACUACCCCAAGCUCCUGUAACCACCACCUUUGCGUUCCCUGCCAAAUGAGAAUCUUGCUCUUAAUGGCUCUGUAGGGCUAUUAUGCUAUGUGACAAGACACCCCUCCCCUCCCCAGAAAAAAUGGUUUCCAGAAAGCAGCUGUGUUACUAUAUUAAGGUGUUUCUUUGUUUCUAAGCAAUCUAAAACCAAACUACAGAAUCAAAGCAGAACACCAUGUCCUCCAAGUGAGAAAGAAAAUAAAAUCUAACAGCACCAUAGAGAGAGCUUUCAGCCUUGUCUUUGCAUUCAUUUCUGACAUGAUGGAUUUCCCCGUCCUGGAAAGCAGCUUUGGACUACAAAGAGCUGGCAACCGCCUUAGCAGAAAUGUUCCCUUCACCACCAGGACUAAAGAAUCCUGGAGGAUAAAGGAGACAAAUGGCUGCCUGCACAUCUCUUGCAGCCCCUUGGAACAAGCUGCAUCUUUGUUACAUAAUAUUUUCUGUAGGAGCAUUGAGAGCUUUGAAAUCAACUGUUACCUCUGAACCCCAUUUGCCCAUGGUUUUAAGCAUUUCUCCUGUCAUAAAAUUGCUGCUCUUUAUGGAUUCCAGUGUUCUGCACAACAUGUGCUUGCUCUUUGAAAAGAACAGUGUUUAACUUAGAGUUGAAAAUAAUGUUGGUCAAGCAAAAUUAUAGUAUAGCUUCUUCAAGGAAAAGUGGAUAAUAAAUAGAUAAACAAACAAACAAACAAACAAAUAAUCCACCCCAUCUCAUCAAAUGUGGGUAAAUAUUUUCAAGGUAACAUGAAUUAUAACUCGCCAUUUGAACCACCUGCUUCAGCACACCAGCCUGCCAAAAAUGUGUCAACGCUUGAUACGCAAUGAGACAGCCAGCAUUGGAAGCUCAGAAUCCGUUUAUGUCAGUCGCAGACCAAAAAAAAAAUGCCCCACCCCUCACAUUAAACAGUUAUCUCACAAUUGUAUGUUUGUCUGGAUAUAUGAGACAGACACUUAUAUGAACUUUGUCUUGUACAUUCUUUGUGACUGAUUAAAACACAAGUAUUCCAAUCCUAUAGAGAGGCAGAGCAGCAACAGAGCAUCAGUGGCUUGUGCUUGCGGCAAACGACCCCUGCUAUGCUACUUGAUGGUUGCAGUUUCAGUAAAAGAACAAGCCCUGAUUUGUUACUCUUGCAGCAUUCUGAGGUCAGUUAAAGUGUGCAGCAGUUGCAAGUAUGUAGCAGAGUUUCUCUUGAAUGAUACAGUUUCAGCUAUAGGUCUCCCUGUAUGUGCAAUAUUAACAUGUGAAGGGAGAGGGCCAAACGAAUGCUGUUGUUAACUGCCCAGAGACAGUAACAAAUGCUAUUGUUAACCACCCUGAGAAGAAAGUUUGGGGUGGUGUACAAAUUUGAGAAAGAAAGAAAGAAAGCCAUGUAUUGUUCUUAAGAUGCUUACAGUUGCAGGAUACAUGGUUUCCCCACCUGAAGUGGUACAGUCCAGGAAGAGCUAUAGAACAUGGUUCCCACCCCGCUUAACACUUGAACUGGCUUUUGGAAAGGUAUGGUUCGACUUGCAUAACUGCCUCAGUAGCCAGGGAGGAAGCUUUAGUAUUAUGAGCAGGUGUUAUCUAGAACCCUGCCUCAGUCGACUCUGAGACACCCUUUCCUCACCCUGCUUGUGACCUGUGCAGACUUUGCAUACUGGUGCUAUGCCUUGUCUGGUAUAUGGUAGCAACUGCUGACCAGUAGUGCUACGACUACACCUGUACAAAGCCUUGGAUUUGCUUGCGCUGCAGGAUGAGGCAAGGAAUCUCAUAUUGCAAAUUAUGCAGGAACGGAGUUAUCAUGGAUUCUGAUGAGAUUUCACAGAAUCACUAACUAGUUUAUUGUUAACGCAGGCUCUGACUGUGGCGGGGUGGCAAAGGCCUAGAUAUUCACUAGGGACAUUCAAAAGCCAAUUAGGAAGGAUCAUAACGAAGACCACAUAGCCAGACAUACAACAUAACAUAGUGAAAUGAAUGUAGUUAUAAAUGUACCUAAACUGUUGCUGUUUUGGAGGUAUCUAUUUUGACUUUAGACCUCUGAUGACAGAUGCCGUCAUGCCUUGUGUUAAACUGUUCUAAUACUUAAUGAGCUUUUUAUUAAGCUUAUUAAGCUUAAUAAAAAGUUGCCUUUAACCUAAGCAUGUUUACUGAGAUGUUAAGUCUCACUGAAUGCAGUGGGACUUACUUCCCAGUAAGUGUGCUUACUAUUUCAGCCAUAGCCCUAUCCACACUCAACGUUUUCUGCCAGCAUGCAUUUCCUUCAGUAUUGGUAUUGUGUUCAAGGAGGCAAAGUCUAUAAAAACAGUUACGACAGGGGCCUCCUUGGUGAUCUAUUCUAGAUCUUGUUUUGGAGAGUUCUUGGCUCUUGCAACUUCUUUUUCUAGACUGGUGUUUUAUAGUUUGUGAAUUCCUUCAAAUAAGUUGACAGCAUUCCAAACAGGAGCAGCAAUCAUAAAUAAAAACUAAUGCAAAAAAAAAGAUAUGCCAAAUCUCAUAACCUUUCAGACUUUCCAUCCAGGAUACAAAUACAAGUUGGCAAGCAAAGUACAAAUAUAUUCAAACAAAACUGGUGUUCAGGUGGGGGUCCAGAUGGUGCUUAUUUGGAGGUUAGAUGUGCAAGUACAUGAUAGAAAACAGGAAGCUAUCAGCCAUGAAGGGUAAUAAUCUUUCUUCACUCAGAACUGGGACCAGCUGGACAGUUUGCCAUGAUCACAGGUGGGAGAGAGCUAGCCAGUAAAAAUAAGGUGACAUUCAAAUGAUCAGAAUUGGUCACACAAUCAGGUUUAGUGAGAAAAACUCAUUUGAAAUAUUCUCAAUUACAACAAGCUUGUUCUAGUUGUUAGGUGUUUUUCUUAAAAUGUCAUUAAUCCUCAAGAGCCUUAUGAACAUGUUUGACAAUCAUUAACACCCUAAAAAGAAUCCACUUUCAUUAAAAAUGUUUAGGAUGCUCUGUUCCUAGGUGUCAAUGUAUACUUUAAAAAGGGGGGGGGAUAACAUAUAGUCAGAUCAAAUCAAGCCAAUACUACUACGAACAUUUAUAUACUGCUCUUCAACCAAAGUUCACAAAGCGGUUAACAAAGAAAACUAAAUAAUAAUACAGAGCUCCUGUACCUGAAGAAUUGCACUGAAGGGAAAAUGCUACCUGGUGCAACACUGAGACAAAGAAAGUCACACUGGUGAAGUGCUCACUUCUGUGCAAAUCUUCCAAGUACAGGGACACUCUCAAGCUCUGAAUCACAGGGUGACCAGGAGUAAGGUGUCCCUGUGCCUUUAACACAGGUCCACAGGUGCAGCUUUUCUCACCUUUGCAUAAUAAGCUGCACCUGCUGAAAUGCCCAUAUUCCACAACUGUUGCAAGAUACAGGUGUCCUCCAGGCUGCCUUUGGAUCUGAUCAUUGUCUGGCUAGACUAAUGGAGAAACAUAGCAUGCAGGCAAGAUGGUAAAUGCUCUAGGAAGAUGACAGUUGCAUCCCAGUGCUUGCUUGUAUUAGCCAAGAGGUGAAAAUGUGCUCACGCCUGUCAUGCACUUUUCUUCCCACCACACUUCAACAUUUAUAAGUAACUGUGUUACAAAACAUACGCACACACAAUUUGGCUAUGAGCUUGAAGGACUCCCUUGCAAAAGCAUAUCUGCUAAACUCUGGGCUACACAUUACUUUUGGCUGUGGAUUGUGAAUGAUGGUGAACCCCAUGUCUUUAUAUUCCUGCACUGUCCCAAACACCAGCACCUCCCAUUUCCUGUUUAAACCUACUACUACCACCACAUAGGUAUAAAUGAAUGCUGAACAGGCAUCUCAUCUGGAAGGGCAAAAUGGUCAGAACUUAUGGGCAAUAUUUGAGGUACUAGUAUCUGCUCACAGCAAAUUGUAACUUCAUUUUUCUUCUUCUUCUGGAGACAAAGACCUGUACAGCUGUUUAACUUGCAAUGAGGAAGUUCUAUACAAGCCGUUACUUACUUGCAUGUACAUAGUUUAUCUGUAGAAAAAGUCUGCCAAAACAAAGAUAUAUAUGUACCAAAAAUGCAAUCGACUGGGAAAAAAAUAAAUCAAAUCCUACAUAUGUUUCAUUAAAGUAAUGUGAUGGUUUUCUUUUAAUGAAUAGCUUAAAGAGCCCUUUUCAGACAUUACAUUGUACAAGUGUACAGAUGUCUGUACACUUCUACAUGUUUGUGUGUGAAUGACUGUAACUGUGUUCAUUUAAAAGUAAACCUGGGUACAGGCCAGUGUUUCCUCUAAGGCAUCUGCAUGUUCACAUGCUCACAUGGUUUUUGAUAUCCGCUCAAUUAAUUUUAGAUCCGGCUCAGGUUUAAUCAGGAAGGUUCCACUCUGAAUGCAUGUGCGCACACUGCCUUGAUACUGCUGCCCAGAACAAAACUCUUGCCGCACACAGACAAAAAAAAUUAGAGAGAAUACUGGUACAGGCCCCUUAAAUUCAGGGUACAGACAGGAACUAUUGUUCUGUUCCUGUGUUCAACAUAAUAACUGAAGUGAUGUACAGAUUUGUAUCUGUGUACACUGUGUUCAACACUCAUUAUGUUCACACAUUAUGUUCAACAUCAUGUGUGAACAGAGUGUUGAACAUAAUGUGUGAAUUAAUGCGCGUUGAACAUCAUGUGUGAAUAGGGCUUUAGGGACAUGCCCUUGGAAUUGUGGUUCAAAAUCAAGCCUAUUCAUAGCAUCUGUCAAAGAAAUCAUGUAAGGAAGCUAUAUUUUUGUUAUAUUUCAUGCAGAGCCUUCAAUUAGGCUUGUCUUAAGUUUAGUACUAGGACACAUGCAUAAUCAUAAAGGAGAGUGCCUCUGAGCAAAUGCAGAGUAGCUUCCAGCACCACAGUGAUGAAUCAUAUUUCUGGCAUUUGAAGACAGCAUAUCUAAGUCAGAUCGUCUCUCCUACAUGUUUUUAUUUUUAAAAAAUCUGUUCUGCCCUUUAAGAAUGUUUCAAGGUCCAUUUAAAAAGAAAGCAAAAAUAAACUCUCAAUUAAAAUAGCAGAUUAAGAGAGGCAAACAUCAUCUAUAUCCUGCAGUAUAGCCCCAAAAUAGGCUCCCAAGGCAAUUUAAGAGGAGUUAAAAGAUAUAUGAUCUAUACUACAAAACCAACAGGCACCUAAAACAUUCAUCACACCACACCUGCUUGAGUCACAGCAUUUCCCUUUUUAAAAAUUAACCACUGGCUUCACAGAACUUCACUCUUUGACACAGACCUGCUGUGAUUUGCAAAAUUUUACUAUGGAACCUACCAACAGGAAUUGUCCGUUGUGCAGGACCCCACUGGGUAAAAUCCACAUCAUAAUCGAGAUGGACAUUGGACAACAUAAUUGAGGAGACCCUUUGCUAGACCUGUGCAAUGCCCAGAGCCAUUUGGAUGGGGUGGUAUAUAAAUGUAUUAGUAACUAACUAACUAACCAAACUACCUACCUACCACUGCACAAGGCAGAUGGCUCCAUUGUCAAGCAGCUCUUACGAUCAAGAAGUUAUUCCUAAAGUCUUGCUUGAAUCGGUUCUAGUCCUGCCCUUGGGAGCAACAGAGAACAAGUCAGCUACUACUUCUAUGUGACAGCCUUUCAGAUAUCUGAAGAUGACUUUUUUUUUUCAAAGUUACACAUACCCAGCUCCAUCAACUGUUCCCCACAGGACUUGGUUUCCAUCUUUGUUGUCUUCUUUGGAGCCCAUUCCAGUGUAUCAAUCUUCUUCCCCAACUGUAAUGCCCAUAGCUGGACACUGGAGAGAAUAUUCCAAGUGAGGUUUGGAGAGUGCAGAAGAGAGUGGACCAAUUGCCUUUUGUAUUCCAAACACUACCUGUAUGCCUCUCUCAGUGCAGCCUGACAUUGCAUCAGCUUUUUUAACAGCUACAUCACGCUGCUUGCUCAUGUUCCUCUUGUGGUCCACUAACACUAGGGUUGUGCACGAACCGUGGUUCGAAUCUAGUGGGCCACUGUGCGAAAGAGGAUGCUGGACUAGUUGGGCCUUGGGCCUGAUCCAGCAGGGCUGUUCUUAUGUUCUUAUGAAGUGCAGUUCGGGAGCACGGUUCGGGAGCUUUAAGAAAGAGGAGACCAAGUCCAUACCUGAAGUCCACCACCCCAUGCAGCUUCCUGCUGGGGCGGGCGCAUGUCCCAAUAACCCCUGCAGUGCCGACACGCACAUGGUGCCCGCUCAUGCAUGGGUGCCAUUUGCGUGGUCAGCAAUACCAUGCUGACCAUGCAAAUAGUGCCCGUGCAUGCAUGGAUGCCAUGGGCGUGCUGAUGCACCACACAGGGCAUGGGGCGGUGGUAAGGACCUGCUCUCCUCUUUCUUAAAGCUCCCAAACUGUGCUUGAAAUGUAGUUUCUGCACAUCCCUAACAAACACCUAGAUUCUUUUCACACGUGCUGCUGCCAAGCAGGGUCUUCCCCAUCCUAUACUUGUGCAUAGGAUUCUAGAGUUCUAAAUAUAGAACUUUACAUGUGUCUCCAUUGAAGUUCAUCAUGUUGGUUUUGGCUUAAUGUUUCAGCCUAUCCAGAUUGGUUUGAAUCUUGAAUUUAUCUUCGAAGGCAGUGGUUCCCAACCUGGGGGCCUCCAGAUGUUGCUGAACUACAACUCCCAUCAGCCCCAGCUACAAUUGAUUGUAGCUCAGUACCUCCCUCCAGAUUGAUGUGAAGCCAUUGAUGAGCACUUUUGAGUAUGCUUGUUAAUGGCAAAGCUCCCAUUUACUUUAAUGGACCUGGACUGGACCCAUGCAGUUAAUCAAGCUUUUAACAUGUGCACUUUAGAGAAAGUACACAUGACUGCACAGACCAUAGAAUAAUAAGAAUUGCUCACUAAUUAAGUGUGAGCAGAAGGCUUGCUGGGAGACUGGAGUCUAUUCUUUUACCAGCAGAUGUCCCCUUACUUGAGCUGGGAAGUUUGCAGAGCUGGCCUUCCCUCUCAGAGUACCACCAUCUGCUGAUCCUGUGCUGGCUGUAGGCACCGCCGGAGUGUACUGAUGAGCUUCAGCGGUGUGGGGGCUGUUCCAACUGCCAGGCUCCAGAGGCCCACAUGAGAGGUAGGGUCUGGGGGUUUCUGGCUUUAAAAGGGACUGAGGCAAACUGCUGGCACAGCCACUGAAGUAGGCCAUCAAAAGGGACCAGCCUUUGGUGGUGGACUUCAGGGCUGGGACUGAGCCCAACUUACUGUCUUGGAACUGUUGGAGAUGAACUUCCAGUGCAUUGACCUUUUGUGCCAAUUAUCCUAAUGACCACUAGGGGCAUUGGGAAUAGAGACAGUGAGUCAGGGUCUCCCUAUCUGUCCCUACUCUAUGACCCCUGAACUGACUCUGCAGCACUUCCUGUGCUGAGUCACAAUCCUUCCUUUCUUCCUAGAGAGCAGAUGGAAACAUCUCUCUCUCUCCUUACCUAUCCACUAUGUAGUCCUUUAGAUUAGAGAUAGGUCUCUCCUAUCUAAGUGUAUUUAACAAAAAAUAUUUAGUGUUUAGUCAUACAAGAAUCUCCAUGUGUUUUCUCUAAAUAGCUGCAAUAUCCAAAUCAUCCUCUGCUACCUACUCUGUAACUGGAGUGUGUGCUCAUUCCUUAGUGCUGUGCUGUUUUACCUAUUGUGGGUAAAAAUCAACCAGCUCUAACAGGAACGCUGGAAGGAAGACUUCUACUCACUUCAUUGUUAGUUAGGCUUGCUACAGGUAUGUGUCUUGAGUUGAACAGAAAUGGGGAGUUGAGGGACAACUCUGGGGCAGCUAUACCAGUGGUGGCGAAUCAACAAAGAUUUGGCUUUGGUAGGCCAGUGAGUCGUUACAGGGGAAAGGAGUUUUGAAACUUAAUUGCUGUUGCCCCUUCCAUCAGGCCUACCACCUCUUUGACCUUGGAGAGCAAUGCCAACCACCCACAGAACCUCACCUUAUGGAAAUAUCAGCCAGUAACAGCUUUCCCUUUCCCUUAAAGAGUUAACCAGAAGUGGACCCUGUCCUGACUGACAGGCUAGGGAAUAACCACUUAGCACACGGUGGGUGGGCCCUUGAGGGCCUUGUGGCAGGAAAAGAAGGGGUUCUUUGUCCUCAGUUAACCAGGCAGGGCCAGCAACAGGUUGGCUGGCUAGGCAAUGGUGGCAACCAGGAGGAGUGCAAUCCUGGGAAAUUAGGACUGCAGGGGCCUGAAGUCUCUACCAUAGGUUUGGUGAGUUCAGGAGAUAAGUCAGAGCUUUGGCUUCAGGGAAAUGCCUAAUCUAUUGAACUGCUUGUUAGCUCAUGUUAGACUUUUUAUUUUACUUUGGUGUGCUUUGCAAAUUCUUAUAACUGGUCUAUUGAGUUCUAUCUAUAACAUAAAAUAAACUAAGUAGCACUAGCCUGUGCCCUUUCUAUCCAUCCAGGGGUGCUGUAAAAGUCUCUGUAACCUUUAAAGGUGCUUUUAAAUGUUCCUGUAUACUCUGUUGGUUGAAACAAGGGUGCUUUUUAAAAGUAUUCUUGUAACCACUGAGUAUCUUUACCUGCAGCUAAAACCUGAGAAAGCCUCUGAAUGAAGCAAUCUGUAGUAUUUUGAAUAAAGUUUUCUCUUUUUCUUUGUA